ACGUGCCUCGUUGCCAUGGUAAUCAACAGAGACCCCCCUCUAAACAUCAGACGGUGACUUAAAAGCUGAACAAUGGCUGCUUUGCAAAAAUUCAGAGGCUUUUCGUCAAAGUUAUGGGGAAACUCCGAGCAGGAAGAAAACAACACCCUGACAAUGUUUGAUGUGUUUCACGGGAGAAUGAGAGAGAAGAUCGUGCUACAGCGGCUGAUAGUGAUUGCUCGGCUCCCCCACCAUCUUGCUGACAGGACAGAGCUGGGAGCUCAUUAUGAAAAGCUCAACUUCCAGUUAAGCAAACAGUAUAUAUGGGAUCAUAUGACGGGCCUGCUGUUAAUUUAUCCAUCCUGUCUGCUGCAUAUCAUUGAAUCAUCCAGGGAGGUUCUGGUUUCUGUUUUGAAAGACCUUGAAGACAUGCAACAGCAGCCAGACUGGACCGUGCUGGAAGCUCCCAAGGUUGUGUUCAUGGCACACAACCCUCAAAGCAGGCUGUUCCAACAGUGGAGCUACAAGGUGCUCGAUGUAGAACAGGGGGAAAGGGACAUCAGGGCUAAGAGACUAGAGGAAGAGGAAGAGAGCACAGAGACGCUGGUUUGCACUGUCCUAUCAGAACUGCAGAACCUUGGUGAACACCUUAAAAUAUCUAAGGCUCUUCCUGGGUCAGUGCUGGACGAGAUCCCGGAGCUGAUCGUCUCUCAGGAGGUUGUACACAAGCUUUUGGCUCGAGAUGAGCUCCAGACUCCGCAACAACACCUAAAGAUGUACAACUCACCGCUAAACAUCAGCAUGGACUUCGGACAAGUUAUUCGAAGCAGCUUCCUCACCACAGUUUAACUUUUAGGACAAAAGGUCAAAGAAUGUGUUUGGCCUUCACUAAAGUACCUUGGAUGUGACUGAAGCCUUACAAGCUGAGAGAAAUCUCGGCCAUCUUAUUUUACAACAACAAUGAACUGUUGCAUUCACUGUGACACUUUUCUGGGUUUUCAUUUUUUUGUUUUUUUGAUUUUUCCUGUUUGGUCCCAAUAAGCUUCUUUCUGUUCCAAAUUAUUUUAUAUAAAAUGAUAUAAAAAAAUUGUUUGAGUGAAAUAACAUUGAACAUCAUUUACAACAACAACAAAAAAAACACAGAAAAUCCAAGUAAUAUAAAAACAUUUUUAAUAGUUUGAACAUUCGGAUGAAGUUAAUUUUUUUUUAUUUAUUUAUUUAUUUUUACUGUACACUGUGUUCCACUCGGUGACCGGGAGAUAGCAUGUCCGCGAAAAAGGCAUUUCCUCUUUACUCCAAACUUUAAAGAGUUCACAGCGUCACCACAGGUUGACACAAAGAUCUAUAAAGAUUCCUUGAUCACU